UCUUGGUGUUCAGUGUUGGUCCCUUUAUUGCAUCUCUAAUUACUUUUUAAUGUCAAGAUUUCCAAAAUCGUUUUGGUUUGUACAAUAAUUGUUUUGUGUCCGCUUCUUAAGUGGCAUUGUGGCAGACGGGUAUAUUUCUUUCUGGUCGUGGUUGGAAUACGAUGUGAUAACUGCAACAAAUGAUGCCAUAACAAAUACAGUGAACUCACUAUAUCCGCUUAUGGAGAUUACAAAUACGGAAUAUGGCUGGAAGUAGGUGGCCGGCUGCAGUGGCUCCUACUAACAGAGUCGGCAAUGCUUCUCGAGCAAAACAAGUUAUUUUCGAACCUACAUUUGCCAAAAUGGAAAAAGAGAAUUACGCUUUAACUCAGCGACUAAAGGAAGCUUUCUAUAAGGUAGAGAAGCGGUAUCCUGGUUUCAGUAAAGAUUUCAUGAUUGGCUUGCUUCAGCGGAUGGGAGUCGAUAGUGAAAUCGACGUGACUGAAACGUGUUUACGGAUUGCUGCUCUUCAAGAGUGUGAUAAUCCAAGGACGUCAAGAAAUCCUAGAGUUUUGGAGUUGGAACUUACGGCUAAGACCCUGAAAACUAUUCUUAGUAGCAUACCUGAUGAAAUUAUCGACCGCAGAGCAUUUAUAGAAGUCAUCAAAGGAAUAGCAGAUGCGAUAAAGAUGUUGUUAGCUGCUGUGGGUGCGUUUUAUGAUACGUUACCACCAGGAACACAAAAGAAAUGUCUUGAAGAUCAAAAACGAAAAUUUAUCACCUACUGUCGUAAAUUUAGUGACACUUUGAAGCAGUACUUUAGGAACAACGAUCAAACUGUGGUUUUCAGCAGCGCAAACCUUCUAGUUAGCCAAACCAACCUAAUUUUGUUUGUGGUUCAUGAUGUAGAUUGAAGAAAAGUGAAAAACGCCACCAUUGUUAAUAUUUUGUGCUUACUUCGGAUUAUAUUUCCUUAUGAAUGUGAUUUAUGAAUAGUUGAAAAAUUAGUUUUUACUUUUGCGUAAACAUCUAUAGUAAACUGGUUACUUUUUUUAAACAUUAAAAUUGCGAUUUCGCGUUACUUUUUUCCAAAUAUUUGACUAAGUGACAAAUUAUUUUGCAUCAUUACUUAUACUUUCUUUAUUUCCAGCUCCUUGUAAAUUGAGAAUAAAAGCUUUUUACGAGAUAGGAUAU